UCAGCUGGUCCUCCAAUGUGUCCAGAGAGUGUGAGAGCCUCAUGGAGAUGGCAGAAGCGCCCCUACCGGCCGUGCUCGGUGCUGCGGGCUGUGUGCGGUGGCCCCUCCCCCCUGAAGGGGCCGCUCCUCCCUGCAGUGUGUAGAGGGCCGGACCGGCAGAGCUCAACCUGCACCAAGCCACUGACCCCCCCCUUCUACACAGAUUUACCCGACUGUCGCAGUCCAACUCGGUCAGAAGGAGCCCCAAGUCGCCUGUCGAAGCGGUGCCUGCCUGUACAGACCAGUAUGUAUCCAGCUGGAGGGAUAUCUGCAAGCAUAUACGCCAACAGGCUACGAGCGGAAGGCAUGGGCUCCAACGAGCAGGCUGUGCCCUACUUCAACCAGGACUACGAGGCACUGAAGCAGGAAUGUUUGGAGUCGGGAUGUUUGUUCGAAGACCCCUCUUUCCCCGCCGAGCCUCCAUCCCUGGGCUUCAAGGAGCUCGCCCCCUAUUCGGCCAAAACUAGAGAUGUGGAAUGGAUGAGGCCCACGGAGCUGACAGGUGACCCUCAGUUCAUCGUGGGUGGUGCCACCAGAACAGACGUCUGUCAGGGAGCGCUGGGUGACUGCUGGCUCUUGGCAGCCAUCGGCUCUCUCACCCUGAAUGAGAAGCUCCUUCAUCGGGUUGUCCCACACGGGCAGUCCUUCCAAGACGACUAUGCUGGAAUCUUCCACUUUCAGUUCUGGCAGUUCGGCGAGUGGGUCGACGUGGUGAUAGAUGACAGGCUGCCUGUGAAAGACGGGGAGCUGAUGUUUGUCCAUUCUGCCGAGGGCAAUGAAUUCUGGAGUGCACUCCUGGAGAAAGCCUAUGCUAAGCUGAACGGCUCCUACGAGGCUCUGUCAGGAGGGAGCACCACAGAAGGGUUUGAGGACUUUACAGGUGGUGUGUCUGAGAUGUACGAGCUCCGCAGCGCUCCCAGAGACCUGUACAGGAUAAUCGGCAAAGCUCUGGAGCGAGGCUCUCUGCUGGGCUGCUCCAUCGACAUCACCAGUGCCUUUGACAUGGAGGCUGUUACAUUUAAGAAGCUUGUGAAGGGCCACGCCUACUCAGUCACUGGAUUGAAAGAGGUUGAUUUCCGCGGCAACAUGGAACGCCUGAUCCGAGUACGCAACCCUUGGGGCCAGGUGGAGUGGACCGGUGCCUGGAGCGACAAUGCCCCGGAAUGGGAUGAGAUUGAUCCCUCUGAAAGAGAAGACCUGCAUCUGCAGAUGGAAGAUGGGGAGUUUUGGAUGUCCUUCAAUGAGUUCAAGAGGCAGUUUUCUCGGCUAGAGAUCUGUAACUUGACUGCCGAUGCUCUGAGCGACGACAGCAUGAACCACUGGAACACCAUGAAGUUCUACGGCACGUGGAGGAGAGGCAGCACCGCUGGAGGCUGCAGGAACCAUCCCAACACAUUUUGGAUCAACCCUCAGUAUAAGAUCACGCUGCUGGAGGAGGAUGACGACCCAGAGGACGAUGAGGUGGCGUGCAGUUUUCUGGUCGCCCUCAUGCAGAAGGACCGCCGCAAAUAUCGGCGCCAAGGUGGGGACAUGCACACCAUUGGAUUUGCUAUCUAUGAGAUUCCAGAGGAGUACAGAGGCUGCCAGAAUGUCCAUUUGAAGAAAAACUUCUUUUUGAGCAAUUCAUCGUGCGCUCGCUCGGAGACCUUCAUCAACCUGCGGGAGGUGAGCACUCGGCUUCGCCUGCCGCCCGGAGAGUACCUCAUCGUGCCGUCCACCUUCGAGCCCCACAAAGAGGCCGACUUUGUCCUCAGGGUCUUCACCGAGAAGCAGUCAGAAACGGAGGAGCUGGAUGAUGAAAUCUCUGCUGAUCUAGGAGAUGAUGAAGAAGUGACUGAAGACAGCAUUGAUGAGUCUUUCAAGUCCAUGUUCGCUCAGCUAGCAGGAGACGACAUGGAGAUUUCUAUUCGUGAGCUCAGGACCAUCCUAAACAGAGUUGUCACCCGCCACAAAGAUCUGAAGACUGACGGCUUCAGUGUGGAAUCAUGUCGAACCAUGGUCAACCUAAUGGAUAAAGAUGGCAGUGCCCGUCUAGGGCUGGUGGAGUUUCAGAUCCUCUGGAACAAGAUCCGAAAUUGGCUGGUCGUUUACAGGCAAUUUGACCUUGACAAGUCAGGGGCCAUGAGCUCGUAUGAGAUGCGUCUCGCUGUGGAGGCAGCAGGUUUCAAGCUGAAUAACAGACUGAACCAGAUCCUGGUGGCCCGUUAUGCAGAGAAUGAGCUGAUCGACUUUGACAACUUUAUCUGCUGCUUGGUUAAGCUUGAAGCCAUGUUUAGGUAUUUCAAGCAAUUUGACCAGGAGGGGUCAGGAGUGGCUGAGAUGACCAUCACAGAGUGGCUUUACCUGACAAUGUGUGGAUAAAGAAGAGGGGGCAGUGCCCAUAGACUGCCAUGGAACUGCAGCCCUGAACAGCCCUCAGCCUUAGUGACCCACUGAUAUUUUAACACAUCCCACCUCAGCGUACCUGAAGUAGCAAAGCAGCUGUAUAAUGGUAUGACCAAAGUCCAACCAAGCCAAGUGUCUCGCGGCCCUAAUCUGCCAAACAACUAUGCAAACCCUCAAUAUGAGUACAUGUCAUUUUGCCACAUAAAAUGUGUCAUCUCUGUCGAAACAGCAUGAGCCCGUGCAUGACAAUAAUCACUAGCUGUAAUGAGCACUGUAAGUUGAUUUUAUAUUUCAACAAUUUAAUUUUAUUAUCUGUAUAUUGUAUUUUGUCUGAUUGACUAACAAUGUGUUCACAGUUCUUAUUUUGGAAUCUCACCAAGUGAUAAAACAUAAAGGAAAUAUGAAGAAGUAUGUUACUGCAGCGUUUUCAACAGUGAAGUCUUAUAGUUUCUCAAUCACUCUGCACUCACGUUUCUAUUUUUUAAAAAACAGAUUAUUAACAGGAAGAGAAAACCUCACAGUGGAGUUGGUAGUUCCAUUAAUGUACCUGUGGGUGGCAGUACAGACCCAAUCUAAUGUCAGUAUGUUUUUUUUUUUAUUUCUUGAUAUUUGAUACUAAAGUUUAGCCUGUUUAUAUAUAUUAUUAUAUUCUACUUUAUUUGAAGCUGAAGUCAGACCUUUGUUUAGUUUUACUUGAUUGCUUUUAUUUUGCACUGAGAUUUUAGUUAAAGAAGCUGCUUUGGAAGUGGCCUCAACUUGGUGAGAAACACUGUAUGUCAGUUCACUCGAGGGACAUUACAGGGAUCACACGAUGCUGAAUGCCUUAUACAUGACACCAUGGUGUUAUAAGCAGCUGUUGGAACUGUGCUAGUCAUGUGUUUUGUGUUGUGAAUGUAUGUUGUGCCUUCAAUAAAUAGUUCAUGCUUCGUCA